AGGAUGCGCUUUAUGAAGGUGCCGGAUUUUGCAGAGCCGUGGCCUGCUGUGGAGGAGGAUGAGUGCAAGAGGAGAUGCUUGGGGAAUUGUUCGUGUCUGGCUUAUGCUUACGAUUCAAACAUUGGUUGUAUGUUCUGGGCUGAUGCUCUCAUCGAUGUUCAGAAAUUCAGCGGUGUUGGCGUCGAUCUUUUUAUUCGUCUCUCUGCUUCAGACUUGGACGACCACAGGGAUAAGAAGCUGUACAUCAUAAUUCCAGUAGUCUCAGCUUUUGUUUGCAUAUCCGUCUUCAUCUUUGUUGCUUGGUGUUGGAUGGUGAAGAACAGAAAAGGAGGCGAAGCGAAUCCCAGAAAUGUAUCUUGGUCAAGUUCAACUCCUAUAGUGUUUAAUGAUGAAACAGAGAAGGUUAACACUGGGGAUCUGCCGCUCUUUACUUUCGAGAUGCUGGCAACUGCCACAGAUCAAUUCCAUGAAAGCAAUCUUCUCGGGAGGGGUGGUUUUGGUCCUGUCUACAAGGGAGUUCUGGCAGAUGGAAAAACGAUAGCAGUGAAAAGACUGUCGGCGGAUUCUGGACAAGGAUUGCAAGAAUUCAUGAACGAGGUGACCGUGAUGUCCAAGCUCCAGCAUAGGAAUCUCGUCAGAUUGCUCGGAGGCUGUGUGGAGAAACAAGACAAGAUUCUGAUUUAUGAAUACAUGCCCAACAGAAGCUUGGACUUCUGCCUCUUUGACGGUAGACAUCAUCCUGGGCAAAAGGCCUUGGAUUGGAAGAAGCGUUUCAGUAUCAUGAGGGCGUCGCGCAAGGCCUCCUGUAUCUCACAGGGACUCUAGACUGAGGAUAAUUCAUCGCGACCUGAAGCCGAGUAACGUGCUUUGGAUGGAGAUUGGAAGCCCAAGAUCUCAGAUUUUGGCAUGGCCCGAAUAUUCGGAGGCAACCAAGAUCAUCAAGACACUGCAAGAGUUGUUGGAACAUUGAGAUAUAUGGCACCCGAAUACGCAAUGGAAGGCAGAUUCUCAGAAAGAUCCGAUGUCUACAGCUUGGGAGUCCUUAUGUUAGAGAUAGUAAAAGGGGAAAAGAACUCACACUAUUACAAUCAUGAAUGGUCUUUGAGCCUCAUAGGAUGCGCAUGGAAAUUGUGGAGUGAAAAUAAUGGGUUGGGUUUUGCUGAUGAAAGCAUAGCAAGUGGAGAGAUGGAAGAAGAUAUAGUAAGAUGCAUUCACAUUGGGUUACUGUGUGUCCAAGAUUCUCCCAAAGAUAGGCCUAUUGUUCAAACAGUUGUGUCGAUGCUCAGCCGAGAAAUUGCUCAUUCCAGCUCCCAAGCAGCCAACCUUGGCGGAGAAGUGGCAUGGCUCGGCAACCGGUUCAAUAGAACCGGGAAGCCGAGUCGAAUACUCCAUGAAUCAGGUCACUCUCACUGUGCUUGAAGCUCGAUGAUGUUUGAAAAUAUAAGACAUCCAAAUUGGAUCAAUAUAUUUAAUA